UAUUCAAAUGAGGCAUAUGCAGAUUUUCACUGAGGAUUGUGGGAACGAGAAGCAGAAGUCGCCAUUUUGUUAGUGACAAGGGCGAUCUCCCGACCAGGGUGCCAUGGAUGCAACAGUCCCGCCCCAGGCUCCGUCCGUCCCCAUGACUAUCCAGGUGUCCACGGAAGGCGGGACACAGUUUCCCGCAGUCAUGGUCGCAGAACAGCCCCCCACAAUGAUACAGGUAGAACCCAGCACUCAGAAAUUCACCCACGAGAUCCCGGAUCUCAGCGCGACCAUCCUAGACUGGAUGAACGGUUGUCGCUCCACGGGAUUCCUCUGCGACAUCACGAUCAUCAUCGACGGGAAGCAGUUCCGGGCGCACAAGACGAUACUGGCGGCGUGCUGCGAUUUCUUCAACACCAUGUUUCACAACGAAGUCCAACAACAGAACUUCCACAGUAUUUUGGAGCUGAGAGGAGUUACUGCAGGAGGUUUCUCGGCUCUGUUGGACUUCAUGUACACAGGAAAGAUCUCCGUAGAUGAGACCAACCUCACAGACUUCACAGGUGCCCUGCGAGCACUACAGGUCAGAAAUGCUGACGACAUUUGCAAGAAGAUCGAGCCUUUUGCAAUUGCCUUGGCCAGUUCACAGUCUGACACCACAGGAGACCUGACUGAGUGUUUGAGUGGGGAGUCAGGUCAGGAUGACAUGGGCACACACAGAAAGCUGAGAUCGCCCAAUCAGAAGAGAUUCACCUGUGAACAGUGUAACACAGCCUUCAGUACACCUACCAACCAUAAGAGACAUAUGCGCAUACAUACUGGAGAGAAACCGUACAAAUGUGCAGAGCUGGACUGUGGUGCAGCCUUUAGUCAGUCCACUCACCUGAAGGAACACAUGCGCAUCCACCGUGGGGAAAGACCUUACUCUUGUACGUUUUGUGACAAGAAGUUUACUCAGUCCACGGGCCUGCGGCGGCAUAUCCGCCUGCACACCGGUGAGAGACCUUACAUCUGCACGGUGUGCCAGGAGACCUUCAACCGACAGAGAACCCUGAAGAUCCACAUGAGCAACAAGCACGAGGGGAAGAAACUCUUCAUGUGCAACAUCUGUCACAAGGGGUUCAACUACUCCGAGAGCCUCAAGGAACAUCAAGUCAUCCAUGGAGGGAAUCGUCCCUACAAAUGUGAACAUUGUGGCCUGGGGUUCAACAACAAGAAGAACAUGGCCAAGCAUGUCAAGAAACUUCACGAGUGCUCGCCCGGAAACAGGAACUUAAAGUGUCCCGAGUGUGAGAGCUUCUUUGGCGACAAGUCCAGACUGACAGCUCACCUGAACAAAAUCCACAACAAAGACAUCAGGAGGCGACCGAGGGACAAGAGGAACGACAAGGGGCCCAAACAGGUGAUCUUGGUGUCGCCCGAACGGAGAACGCACAUCGUCACGCGGUCCGUAAGCCACGCCACCACCAGCGACACAUCUCAAACCCGCCAACAAGAAAUAAUCGUUGUACAGAAGGAUGAUGAUGCUGCUGAAGACGAACCAAGCUACGUCAUCAAGGUUCUCGUCUCCGGCGAAGACGAGACCGUCGGACAGUCGGACACUCUAACCUGGACCGCCAACGAGCAGACCAAGGACGGUGACACAGAGGAAAGCGUACAUACUGUCCAAUCAGGGAACGCCGCUGUCCCUAGUCAAACUGGUGCAGCGGUGGUGGCAGCAGAGACUAAUGGGGUUGUUCAGAGUGUUGUUGAGGAUGGUGUAGGGACCAGUUUAUUCUCACAGAAUCAAAGCUCAGAAACAGAAACGCCUGGCCAGCCCGAUGAGUCACAGAAAGAGGCAGACACUGGGCAGACUACUCUGUGAUUAUACCGGGUGUGAUACAUUUGGUCUUGUUACGUAUGGCCUCACUGACUCAAUUACAUUGUACAUGUAUAUGGAUGACAUCUGUGCGUACAUCAAUUUACAUCCAUUUCAAAAGUUUGCAACCAUGCUGUAAUUAUUACAAGGAAGCUGCAAGGUGAGAAAAUGUAUGCCCUUGAUUGCAGAAAAAAUGAUGACUGAUUUUGUCAUUAACUUUUAAUUAACUUCUUGCCCAAAAUUUAUGUCAAGCCUUGAGCAAAGUUUUCCAGUUGUAACAGUACCAAGUUGUAACUAUUGAAUUUUAUGGUAGGUUGAGAGGUUGAAAAAAGGAAUUCAAACUAGGUAAUAUUAAAAGAUCCUUAUAAUGUUUGGGCAUUGUAAAACAUAGUUGUCACACCAAUCAAAUUGUUUUUAAGAAUGCUGUCUUUGCUGUGUUUUGCUUAAUUGCUGAAACCUUAAAGAUCAACCUAAAAACAUAGUAUAACAAGAAGGGAAAAUUCCUUAAAACACACAAUUUCAGUAAAAGAAUACAUUCAUAUUUGUAUUUACAUGUAGAUAGAUAAGUUUCUAGUGAGUUUGUAUGAAAUAUUUAUGAAAUUAUAAUUGAUUUGUUUUGUUUAAAGUUGUAUUUUUGCUUGACUUCUGCAUCUGCAUGUUGUUGGUUUUCAGUAAUUUUUAACCCAACUAGUUAUAUACUACAAGGGGUGAUCAAUAACUGUUCUGCCUCAUCAAGAAAUAUGGAGCACAACUCAAAUUUUGGGGCAUAUUUAUGAAGUAUGAAUUAAGCCUUUUAUGAAUGUCAACCAAUAGGCAACAACCAGUAACGUUAGGUGGGAGAGAAUGGAAAAAAAAACAUGGGCAAUUGUGCUGCAACCUGAGGUAUGUGGGUCAACUUCCUGAACUGAAAGUCAGAUACCCACUUGGUUCUAGUUAAAAUACCAAGGGUAUCCUCAUGACACAUUUUGACAGUGUCUUUGAAUAAUCUCCAAUCAGAUCCUACGGUAGCAUAAGAUAUUAUCAAAAGCUGACAGACGAGUGAAACCGGGCUAGGAGUGUGUUUGGCUACGGGAGUGGCUGAUAACUUCCUUUGGCCAGCUGUAUUCCUUAGCCAGCUUUGAUACUAUCUUGUGCCACUGGUAAAUAUAGAGAUUACUGCAUAAGGGACACGACCCACACAGCCCUGAUAAGAGUUCAAUCUUAUUUUUGACCUUUUUCUCAUCACUUUAUACUGGCUUUAUAAGGUGACAUUAUAGUGCCGGACAAACACUCUAAUUCUGGAAAACCUUAACAGUUUCAAAAUAGAUUGACCAGAUGAAUAUUUGUAGGUAUAUAUCAAAUGAUAAUGCAUAAUGUAUAUUGCAAUAAGAUGUCAGAAUUCUACAGAAUUGGCCUUCUUCAUGGAGACAUCUAAUUGCAACAUACAUAUUCAUCCUUUAGUAUAUCUUACCUACAAAUAUUAAUUCAUCUGAUUAAUGUAUUUUGAAAUUAUUGUUUUGUGCGUAUCGUUGAGUGUUUGUCCGAAAUUAUACUGUCACCUGUUAAUGUUUUCAAAAGGAGGUUGACUGGAAAGUAAUGACCACGCUGAAAUAUUUUGGAUUAUAUAUGAUGAAAGACUUCAUACUAUAUUCAUUAUGCUAUGGAAUUUGAGUUGGCAAAGCCCAGAAUUUAAUAAUCACUCCUACAAAGUUACAAUAUUAGCGAGUAUUAUAAGUAAGUAUUUUCAAUGAAUUUUGAGGUUCUUGACUGUAUCUUUGAAUAAGACUUCCAUAUGUAGAAAUACAGUUUUUUGCCAUAGUGAUUUCUCUUACACAUUGCAGAAAUGAGAGUUGAAAGUUGUUGAGUUUCUAUUACCCAGGGUUGCUUGGUGUUGUAUAUUGUAUAGGAUCAGAAAAGCAACUUUGGAGUUACAUUUAUAAGUUUACUUAUAAAAUUGUAAAGAGAAUAUAGAUGGUAUGUGAUGUAAAAGAUUGACUGAAUUAAAUCGUACCUAAACUUGUAAA